AUGCGCGUCGGGGACCUGAAUCAUUUCCAGAUGUAUCACGAAGGGCCUCUGCAGAUGAACAGCAUGGUGAACUCAGAUUAUGGAGCCUCAGAUGUGACAAACUACUUCAACUCUACAAACUCCGUACCGAGGGCGGAUAAAUGCGUGGCCAUACUGACCCACAGGAGAAAGAGAACCAACUUCACUCAGCAGCAAAUUGAGGUGCUGGAGAAAGUUUACUCAGACACUAAAUAUCCUGACAUCUACCUACGAGAGAGACUCGAGGCUCUGACCGGGCUACCGGAGUCCAGAAUUCAGGUCUGGUUUCAGAACAGAAGGGCCAAGUCUCGUCGCCAAGUUGGCUCAUCUGUGUCCAUGAAGGUCGCCAAUCCACCAGCAGCUGGGCCUUUCAGCCAACUCCAGAGCAGGAUGGGCCCCGAGAAAGUUUAUGACAACAAUCAUAGUGCAGAGCCACACAGGAUAGGAGGUUUUGGAUUAGAUGACAGUUUCAGACCUACAAUGCACCAAAACACUGAGGACCCACACCGGACCAGUCUGCCCACCAAACCCAGCAGCUAUGAACACACAUCUGUCUCUUGCAUCUAUGAGAAGGAGGGAACCAGAGUGAAGCCCGAGCAGAUGCAGCGACAUGAGCUGAGUGUUAACGUCCCAUGCUGCAACAUCCAUCUGUAUCCCAAGGAGAACGAGCAUCACCCCAAGAUCGAAGCCAACAUGACAGGCAACCAGGGUCCAAAGGUUCUGGUGGAAUAUGAUAAUUUCCCACCCAACAAAACCAUUGGACCAGAGAUGAAAGUUGUGAUCCCUCCCAUUCCCACCCAGAAUAACUUCAACAGAUCGUCACCAAAGGAUAACAGAUGCCAAAUCCAGUACCCACAAGUGAGGCCUACAGGGGACAGGUUCACUCACUUUUCCCCAAUCCACACCACUGAGGCACAAGACUUUACUGAUUCAGACUCUGACUGGGAAAACGAGGCUAUGGCUGGCUUUGGUGGCUUUAUGUGA